AUGCCAGGAGAAGCAAGCACAGCAAGCGCAACGGUAAAGGAAAGCAUACCACCAACAAAGCCAGAGACGUCAGAGGCCCCCGCCGAGAAAGCAAAGGGCGAUGCGGCCGAGAAGCCGUCCGCGGAGGAAAAAGCUUCAGAUGUCAAGAAGCGCGUGGUGGACAUUCUGAAGGCGAAGGACGGAAUGGGAAGAAAGCACAUAAAGGUAGGAGAGUCUACGUACUAUGUCGUCACUGUGGAUGAAAUAAGCCGGUACAUGGAGCUAAAGAACGACUAUAAAACCGACGAGAUGUCGGCCUUUAUAGUGUACAUGCACGAGGAGUUUGUGAACGACCUAAAGACUUUGCGCAAGAAAAACACAGUGAAAAAGGGGGCCUGCAUGGUGGCCGGAAUAUUUGUCCUGAUUCUUAUAGCAUUGGUAGUGUUUGCGGUUUUAAAUAAAUAG